AUGUAUGUAGCUUGGGUACACUCCAAAGAGCAGCAAAAAGUCCUCGAAGACCGGCAUGAGCGACUUCAAAGAGAUGAGAAACUGGAGAAAAGUUGGAAAUCAAUUGGGAUCCCUUUUAUCCAAGCGUUCUACCAGAUUGUCAGAUUACGUGACAGAACGAUCUUAAUACCGCACUUGGAUGGUACUCAAAGCGAUCAGAAUUACAAGAGUAAUCAAUACCUAAGAGCCCUUGAUGCUUACAGCCAAUGGCAAAAUGGCCGUUUGGCCAACGCCCUAAGUGGGACAACUCCACCGAAUGUCAGCCGGAUUAGACACUUCAUCCUCCACAACUUAUGCUUGCAAAUGAUCAAUCAACAAGUCUUGCAAAACGUCAAUUCGCACCUCGUUAAAGCAACUUACAAAUUCUAUGCAAGCUAUUUAGGAAGCACGAAAAUUCUAAUGGCGCCUGAGGAGCCUACAGAUCUGUACACGAGAAAAAUCUUCAAUCUCAUGAAAAGAUUACCAAUCGAGAUUCAAUUGAUGAUCCUGGAAAUGCUACCGCUCCACCGAGGAGACUUGGAAGUCCGAUUGUUUUAUCCAUACCUGAUUCCGCGGUGGAUCGAGACUGUACCAGUACGUUUCACUCGAUACUUCACCCGGUUAUGUUCUACUGGCAACAUGGACUAUGUUGGGAGAUACUACAGAAGUGACGUGACAGAAGAGGAAGUGGAGGAGGAAGGCUUCUAUGCUGACGGAGUCGAUGUUUACCGUCUGAAAUCGCUAGACUAUCACAGCAUGGAAACAUCGCGUCUCCGCAUCUAUCUGGCCUUGCCUGAGAAUAAGUCUAAGCGAGCAGGCGACACAGAGAUGAUAAAUCAAGUGGACCACUCAGCCUUGAAAGGUGCAAGUACAAUUCUGCGUCGGCAGCUCGAGAAGCUCUUUAUAAGCGACAGAGAUAACACACUGAGAAAAUCACAAUCCGUUAUCGGAUUUGAUGAGAGCGGGGAUGAUAUCGUCCCCUUCUCCUGUAGCCGCGAGCAUUGGAUCGAUAUUAGUACGAGAUGGGGACUGGGCUGUCAAACAUGCACAGUUCAGCUGCCCGCACGACCGUUUUUGAUACCGCUCAGCUUCAGCUGUAGGCAGUUUCAAUGUAAACCUGGAAAAGUCUCAGAUCAGUAUCUUUUGAUUUUUGAGGAUGAGCUUUCUGAGAUAUUCAAAAACAUGACAAUAGCUUGGAGACCAAUCUUUUGGCAGGAAGACCCUGUGAUACACUUCUUCCGAGACGAUGAACAGGAAGAGGAGUUUGCUUGUUGGAUGGAUGAGGGCUGCAGUACUGUAGGGCUUGGGGGUGAGGAACAUGAUUCUUAG